AUGGUACCAGAAAAGGGUGUGAUAUGCGAAAUACGCGCAGGCAAGUGUAACUAUAAGGAUAACGUCGUAAGUCCUGACGAAAGAAAGGGCUGUCUACGUCUAUAUCGCGGAGACGACUGUCUCUUGUCUUCACAGUGGCUCACACGGGAAGAUAACAAAAUUGAGGAUAACCAUUACGUGUUCGAUGAUGCCUACCUUGAAAGGAUAGACCGCUGUGAUACCGGAGAAGUCUACGUAUUGAGGUUCACCAAUAGUCCACUCAAGCUCCUCUACUGGAUGCAGGAAACGAAUCUUACGACAAUCAAGAACUUUGUGGAAACAUUCAAUUUGAACACUGGAUCGAAUGAUAAAAAGGUGGCAGUAAAGCCAGAAACAAGUGCGCAGGAGUAA